CCAAAGUGCUGACAUUACAGGUGUGAGUCACCGCACCUGGCCGGUUUUGUUUUAAUCGUUUUUAAUGUCUCUCUCAAAACAAGAAAAGAAAAAAGAACAAAAAAUUACUGUUUUACUUCUCAGAUUCAUCUGAUCUUCGUACACUACAGCAAGAAAAGACUUAAUCAAGUACAUUUUAAUAAUUUGAUGUCAUCAUUGCAAGGAAACCAUUCAGUAAGUGUAUUAGUAACCAGACAUACAAUUUUCUAGCCUGAAUGAGAAAUUAGUUACAUGGAGUACAGAAAGGAAACCACCCCAGUUAUCCUCAUUGUGACCAUCAUUAGUAUUACCCACAAGGCAUAAAAAGUCCUAAAAUGACAAGCACGGUGGCAACAUCACCUUUGCAGCUUCAAGCAGAGUGAAGUUGACAACAGUUCCACCUUGGCAAUUGUGUAUAAAACGACAAUGUGCAGAUACAGAAAAUCAGAGUCCCAGGUCAGAAGCCACCUAGAAACGAUGAUCCCAGGACAGAAGUGUGCCCAAAUUUCCCAGGGUAGGUCAUUUUAAAAGGAGCAAUGUUUACAAGACCUUUCUAGCGUAAAAAACAGAGAAAACAGACACAGCUCUUUCCACUCAAUCUGCUGGAGCGCCCUUUCGUUUUCAGUUUGGCGAGAGGGAGGCAUGUGGUCUCUCGCCCCUUUUCCUGACGCUGAGAAUGUGGCCGGAGCCUGGGCGCUCCUGCUCGGCCUCGCCGCCCUCCCGGGGCUGUCCUGGGCCCUCCGGCCGCCGCCUCCCGCUCCAGUUCGCAGCUGGGCAACAAGUGGCUGGGUGUAACCAUGUCGCCAUUUCUUCGGAUUGGCUUGUCCAACUUUGACUGCGGGUCCUGCCAGUCUUGUCAGGGCGAGGCUGUCAACCCUUACUGUGCUGUGCUCGUCAAAGAGUAUGUCGAAUCAGAGAAUGGGCAGAUGUAUAUCCAGAAAAAGCCUACCAUGUACCCACCCUGGGACAGCACUUUUGAUGCCCACAUCAACAAGGGAAGAGUCAUGCAGAUCAUUGUGAAAGGCAAAAACGUGGACCUCAUCUCUGAAACCACUGUGGAGCUCUACUCGCUGGCUGAGAGGUGCAGGAAGAACAACGGGAAGACAGAAAUAUGGUUAGAGCUGAAACCUCAAGGCCGAAUGCUAAUGAAUGCAAGAUACUUUCUGGAAAUGAGUGACACAAAGGACAUGAGUGAAUUUGAGACGGAAGGCUUCUUUGCUUUGCAUCAGCGCCGGGGUGCCAUCAAGCAGGCAAAGGUCCACCACGUCAAGUGCCAUGAGUUCACCGCCACCUUCUUCCCACAGCCCACGUUUUGCUCUGUCUGCCACGAGUUUGUCUGGGGCCUGAACAAACAGGGCUACCAGUGCCGACAAUGCAAUGCAGCAAUUCACAAGAAGUGUAUUGAUAAAGUUAUAGCAAAGUGCACAGGAUCAGCUAUCAAUAGCCGAGAAACCAUGUUCCACAAGGAGAGAUUCAAAAUUGACAUGCCACACAGAUUUAAAGUCUACAAUUACAAGAGCCCGACCUUCUGUGAGCACUGUGGGACCCUGCUGUGGGGACUGGCACGGCAAGGGCUCAAGUGUGAUGCAUGUGGCAUGAAUGUACAUCACAGAUGCCAGACGAAGGUGGCCAACCUUUGUGGCAUAAACCAGAAGCUAAUGGCUGAAGCGCUGGCCAUGAUUGAGAGCACUCAACAGGCUCGCUGCUUGAGAGAUACUGAACAGAUCUUCAGAGAAGGUCCGGUUGAAAUUGGUCUCCCAUGCUCCACCAAAAAUGAAGCAAGGCCACCAUGUUUACCGACACCAGGAAAACGAGAGCCUCAGGGCAUCUCCUGGGAGUCUCCGUUGGAUGAGGUGGAUAAAAUGUGCCAUCUUCCGGAACCUGAACUGAACAAAGAAAGACCAUCUCUGCAGAUGAAACUAAAAAUUGAGGAUUUUAUCUUGCAUAAAAUGUUGGGCAAAGGCAGUUUUGGCAAGGUCUUCCUGGCAGAAUUCAAGAAAACCAAUCAAUUUUUCGCCAUAAAGGCCUUAAAGAAAGAUGUGGUCUUGAUGGACGAUGAUGUUGAGUGCACGAUGGUAGAGAAGAGAGUUCUUUCCUUGGCCUGGGAGCAUCCGUUUCUGACGCACAUGUUUUGUACGUUCCAGACCAAGGAAAACCUCUUUUUUGUGAUGGAGUACCUCAACGGAGGGGACUUAAUGUACCACAUCCAAAGCUGCCACAAGUUCGACCUUUCCAGAGCGACGUUUUAUGCUGCUGAAAUCAUUCUUGGUCUGCAGUUCCUUCAUUCCAAAGGAAUCGUCUACAGGGACCUGAAGCUAGAUAACAUCCUGUUAGACAAAGAUGGACAUAUCAAGAUUGCAGAUUUUGGAAUGUGCAAGGAGAACAUGUUAGGAGAUGCCAAGACGAAUACCUUCUGCGGGACACCCGACUAUAUCGCCCCAGAGAUCUUGCUGGGUCAGCGAUACAACCACUCUGUGGACUGGUGGUCCUUCGGGGUCCUCCUUUACGAGAUGCUGAUUGGCCAGUCGCCUUUCCACGGGCAGGACGAGGAGGAGCUCUUCCACUCCAUCCGCAUGGACAAUCCCUUUUACCCACGGUGGCUGGAGAAGGAGGCAAAGGACCUUCUGGUGAAGCUCUUUGUGCGAGAACCUGAGAAGAGGCUGGGCGUGAGGGGAGACAUCCGCCAGCACCCUUUGUUUCGAGAGAUCAACUGGGAGGAACUUGAACGGAAGGAGAUUGACCCACCGUUCCGGCCGAAAGUGAAAUCACCAUAUGACUGCAGCAAUUUCGACAAAGAAUUCUUAAAUGAAAAGCCUCGGCUAUCGUUCGCCGACAGAGCGCUGAUCAACAGCAUGGACCAGAACAUGUUCAGGAACUUUUCUUUCAUGAACCCCGGGAUGGAGCGGCUGAUAUCCUGAAUCUUGCCCCUCCAGAGACAGGAACGAAUUUGCCUUCUCCCUGGGGACUGGUUCAAGAGACACUGCUUGGGUUCCUUUUUCAACUUGGAAAAGGAAAGAAACACUCAACAAUAAAGGCUCAGACCCAUUCGCCCCCCAUGUGAUUUUAUCUGUAGCAGAAACCAAGUCCACUUCACUAAUGGCGAUGCCCUGUGUCUCGUCUCCUGACAUGUCUCACAGACGCUCCUGAAGUUAGGUCAUUACUAACUGUAGUUAUUUACUUGAAAGAUGGGUCUCCGCACUCGGAAAGGUUUCAAAACUUGAUACUGAAAUAAAUUAUGACUCUUCACCUGGGCUCCAACUGCUGAUCAAUGAAAUGCUUGUUGAAUCAGAGGCAAACGGAGUACAGACAUCUCAAGACUGAAACGGCCCCAUUGCCUGGUCUAGUAGCGGAUCUCACUCAGCCGUAGAUGAGUAAUCACUAACCCGUUUUAUUCUAUUCCUAUCUGUGGAUGUGUACACGGCUGGGGGACCAACCCUGGAUAGGUUUUUAUGGGAAUUCUUUACAAUAAACAUAGCUUGUAACUUGAGAUCUACAAAUCCAUUCAUCCCGAUUAACCAUGAAAUCCAUGGUCAAGAGGACAGUGGAAAGUGAGAGGGAAGGUUUGCUAGACACCUUCGCUGGUUAUCUUGUCAAGAUAGAAAUGAUAUUUAGAGUUCCUCAAAGAUAGUAUCAUUUCACCCUUGCCAGUGAAACCUUUCCAUCCGCCCAUUCUCAGCAGGCUCCAGUGUCGGUGGAGUCGUUCACUGCCAUCCUCACAUUAUAACAGGAAAAUAAACGACAUGCAUAAGUCUCCUGGGAAAAGAACCUCAACCCCUUCUCGUGCCAUGACUGGUGAUUUCAUGACUCAUAAGCCCCUCUGUAGGCAUCAUUCAAGAUCAAUGACCCGUGCAUGCUGUUUGCAGCAGUCAGUCGAGUUUAAUUAGAAUUCCAACCAUACAUUUUAAAAGUAUUUGUGCUGUGUGUAUAUUUUGAUAAAAUGUUGUGACUUAAUGACAAACAGGUGGAUGUGUAAAAAUGGAAU